AACCCUGUCGUUAUGCCCGUGCGUGCCAAAUGGGCUGUUAGUUGUGAUUGGGAGUAACAAGUGGAUUGAACAGCGACACUUUCUCUCACCGAGCUGCGCUCUGCAUCUCUCUCUCUCUCGACUAUUGCGCUGGCUGUCUGAAUAAACCUGAGGAUCAUCAUGGACUCCGGUACCAACCGAAUGUCUAGCCGACCUUCCUCUCCCGAGGUGCACGAUAUGUUCCUGCAUGCGAUGAAGAAGCAUAUGGUGGGCUUCUCCGGUACUGUCUCGUCCACACAGAGCGACUCACCGCCAGAGAUACCCGCGGACAUGCGGAGCCUUUCGGAUGACGAUGAUGAUGACAUUACCCUGAGAAUGCUGUCAAAGAAGGACCGUAAACUGCUCUCAGAGAACGAGCUGCAGGGGAUGCGGCUGAAAAUCAACAGCCGUGAGCGGAAGAGGAUGCACGACCUUAACAUCGCCAUGGACGGUCUCCGGGAGGUCAUGCCUUACGCGCACGGGCCCUCGGUGCGCAAACUCUCCAAAAUCGCUACUCUCCUCCUGGCGAGAAACUACAUCUUGAUGCUGAGCAACUCGCUGGAGGAGAUGAAGAGGCUUGUCAGUGAGUUCUACGGCAGCGGCCACCACAGCAGCUUCCACCCUUCCGCAUGUGGUACUAUGGCGCACACUGGGCCCCUGCCUGGUCAUCCGGCCGUUUCUCACGCCUCCCACCCGGUGCACCAUCCACUUCUUCCCCCGGCAGUCUCCACGGUUGCCUCUCUCUCUACAACGGGUCUCACCUCGAUCAGACCCCACCAUGGACUCCUGAAGGCGCCCUCGGCCGUCCCGGGCCCCCUGGGUAGCAGUUUCCAUCACUGGGGCGCGGGAAUGCCCUGUCCAUGCAGCAUGUGCCAGGUGCCACCACAUGUUUCCGGCAUGAGCGCUGUCACCAUGUCCAGGCUGACGAGUGAAUCCAAAUGACUUGAACUCUUAUCAUAAAACGAGAGAGGGGAAAAAAGGGAAAUUAACUUUGGCUUGAAGACGUCACAGUGUAUAUCAGUCCAACACGUUUUUUUGUUUGUUUUAUUUAUCUGUUGCUGAAAUAAACUUUGGAUUGAGCCAGCAGAAAUGCAUUGCUUUAGAACAUUGGAGAAGCGCUACUUACAUACCAUGUCGUAACAUUAUUUAGAUAAAUGUAUAAAAGGUGCUUUUCAUAUUCAGUAAAAGCCCAUCAGUUCACUGUAUGCAAACCUAUGACAGGAAUACACAUUAUAGGAAGGGCGUUACUGAUGGCUUUUAAUGACCUGUUCUCGAUCAUUAUUUAACUUUAGACUAGCGCAUUCCCGAGACAGAAUAAACGAAAGUUCACUAUGUGGGUAUAGCAUACGGCAUGAGAACACAACGGUAAUGUAGAUUGUAAAUAUGUAGAUUCAGAUUUCUGUUUGUACGAGAGUUUUUAUAUCAGGCCCUUGGUUAAUGUUUGGAUUGACCCGUUUAGCUUGUGUCUGCUUUCAGCCAUGUAGCUCUGGUACCAUGUUGCUCCAUCUUCUUCCUCUGGUACCAUGUUGCUCCAUCUUCUUCCUCUGGUACCAUGUUGCUCCUGCUUCUUCCUCUGGUACCAUGUUGCUCCAUCUUCUUUCCUCUGGUACCAUGUUGCUCCUGCUUCUUCCUCUGGUACCAUGUUGCUCCAUCUUCUUCCUCUGGUACCAUGUUGCUCCUGCUUCUUCCUCUGCCUCUUGUACAAUAUGUCCUUUCAGUGUUUUCUCUCCAACGUCACUGCCGAUCCUAUAGAUGGCUGUUUUCUUAUGUACGUUUCCUCUUUCCAUGUUUUGUUGUUGUUGCCAAGCACGCCAAGUCACAGCCCGACGCAAAGAAUGAUCACUUCUUUAUUUUUUUUUAAAUAAAAAAGUGCUAAAUUAUAUUUAUUUACUUAUUUUGGAUGGGAUUUCAAAUGAAUCAAUGUCGAUGAUUACGUUGGGAUUUUUACAUGUUAAAUAAAAACAAGUUUAAUUGA